CGCCAUGCGGCACCGGGACUGAUCGGGUGGGACGCGCGCGGUCAGGGAGCGGAAUAAAUGAUGCUUUUGUUGUGACGAGGCAAUCACAGACGUUUUUGGUGGUUGCUCCGUGGAUACCCGAUGCCCUUUGGGGAGGAAAGACUGGUGCGUUAAAUGUCACCGAAUUGGAAUGACAAGAUUAUUCUGCUCCAUCAAGACACCUCAGGGCGCUUUCGCUGGACUCUAAGAUACAUCGGGUCCAAAUCUGGUUGAUGACUGUUAGCUCCUUUCUUCAAAAGUCACCUGCCCCUCUUCCAGUCCUCCUAUAGCAUGGCUAGAUGGAGGUUGGGGUGCUUUGUUCCAGGCCAGAUGUUUGCCAUCCUGGUUACGCUAUCAACAAGUUUAUCCCACGCACAAAGCAACGACUGUCCCCAGCUAUGUGUGUGUGAGAUCCGACCCUGGUUCACCCCACAGUCCACCUACAGAUAUGCCACCACCGUGGACUGCAAUGACCUUCACCUCACACGCAUCCCUGGGAACCUCUCGAGUGACACUCAGGUUCUCUUGCUGCAAAGCAACUACAUUGGCAGGACCAGUGAAGAGCUGGAGCAGCUUUUUAACCUAACGGAGCUGGAUCUGUCUCAGAACAACUUCAGUAAUAUCUGGGAUGUCGGCCUCACAAAUAUGUCGCAGCUCACGACGCUUCAUUUAGAAGAGAACCAGAUUGCAGAAAUGCCUGAUUACUGUCUGCGGGACCUCAGCAAUCUGCAGGAGCUCUACAUCAACCACAAUCAGAUCAAUACCAUUUCGGCCAAAGCUUUCUCUGGACUCCAUAAUUUGCUACGCCUUCACCUUAACUCCAAUAAACUGAAGACCAUCAACAGUCGGUGGUUUGAAUCCACGCCCAAUCUCGAGAUCCUUAUGAUUGGGGAAAAUCCUGUUGGUGGGAUUGUGGAUUUUAACUUCAAGCCUCUGGGAAAUCUGAGAAGCCUGGUCCUAGCGGGUAUGGAUUUGACAGAUAUCCCCGGGAAUGCCUUUGUGGGCCUCGACAACCUUGAAAGUCUCUCUUUUUACGACAAUAGGUUAGUCCGAGUUCCUCAAAAAGCCCUUCAAAAGCUACCCAACCUCAAAUUCUUGGACCUGAACAAAAACCCAGUGCGCAAGAUCGAGGAGGGUGAUUUCAAGAACAUGCUGAGGCUAAAGGAGCUGGGUAUAAACAACAUGGAUGAGUUGAUUUCGAUAGACCGCCACGCUCUGGAUAAUCUUCCUGAGCUCACUAAGCUGGAGGCAACAAACAACCACAAGUUCUCUUACAUCAGCAGUCACGCCUUCCGCGAUGUCCCGGCCUUGGAGAGUUUAAUGCUGAACAACAACGCGUUGAACGCCCUCUACCAGACCACAGUGGAUUCUCUUCCCAACCUGCGUGAAAUCAGCGUCCACAGCAACCCCUUUCGUUGCGACUGCGUUAUCCAAUGGAUGGCCGCCAACAAGACGACUGUCCGUUUCAUGAAACCUUUAUCCAUGUUUUGUGCCACGCCGACAGAACUCACAGGUAUGCACGUGCAAGACGUUCUACAGCUGGCGAACCAGUGCUUGCCGAUCAUCAGCCAGGACACAUUCCCCAGUCAACUCGACGUAGACAUCGGCGCUAGUAUAGAACUGGACUGCAGAGCCCUGUCCCAACCCGGGCCGGAGAUCUACUGGGUGACACCGACGGGAGCCGAGGUCACGAUAAACAGCCCGUCUGAUAAGUACAGCCUCGGCGGCGAUGGUACAUUGAGAAUUUCCAAUAUUCGGGUGGGAGAUUCCGGGAGGUACACCUGCGUGGCUCAGAAUUCACAAGGAGCCGAUACGCGGGUGACGGCCAUGCGGGUGAACGGCACUCUGCUGGACAGCACGCAGCUCAUGAGCAUGUUUGUCAAACAGACGGAUUCCCACUCAAUCCUGGUCUCUUGGAAGAUCAACUCCAACGUCUUGACCUCGAACCUCAAGUGGUCGUCCGCCACCAUGAAAAUCGACAACCCGCACAUCACGUACACUGCCAAGGUUCCCGUGGAUGUCCACGAGUACAACCUCACUCAUCUACUCCCAGCCACCGAGUACGAGGUCUGCCUCACCGUCUCCGACAUCCACCGCCAGACGCAGAAGUCGUGCGUGAACGUGACGACCAAACAAACGGCCUUCGCCGUGGAAGUUUCCGACCAGGCCACCAACGUAGCUCUGGCGGCGGUCAUGGGCACGAUGUUUGCCAUCAUCGGCUUGGCCUCCUUGAGCGUAUAUAUUGCCAAGCGCUGGAAAAGGAAAAACUAUCACCAUUCCCUGAAAAAGUACAUGCAGAAAACCUCGUCCAUACCGCUGAAUGAGCUGUACCCGCCUCUUAUCAACCUAUGGGAGGCGGACGGAGACAAAGACAAAGAAGGUUCCUCGGAGAGCAAACCGAGCCAGGUGGACACGACACGUAGCUACUACAUGUGGUGAAAGCGAGCGCUCGCUUUUGGACAAACAUGUCAGAAGCACAUGGCGCAAGAUAUGUGCAUGUACAAGUAAACUACCUUAUAUCUUUUUCGAGCUUUCUUUUCUUUUGGUCCCAGACACAACAUCUUCUGCUCUUUAGUUUCACAUUUUUGAACUCCUGUCAAUUUUGACAGACACUGGCAGCUUUCUUUGUCUUACUGAAUGAAGUAGACGCUUUGUUUUAUUUAUAGUACACCUUUUGAGAACACAGCAUGAGCGUUGUCACACAUUCAGUAGAUGUGCUAAAUCCACACGUUUGAACUUGUUUCUCGAUCACGCAAUCGUUCUCAUGUAAAUCGACUUCAAUCUUGACUGUAGUGCACUGAGAUCUAUCGAUGAACUCCAAAUGUAAGCAGACUAAGUACGCUGAGACUUGAUAUACUGUCUAUUGUUAGCUCUUUCUAUGUCAUGUUGUAUCAAUGACCUCAUUUACUUUUUUGUACAUUGAUAAUCACGUUUGAUUCUGACUUUGUUUGCGGAGCAACUACCGUGAACCAGCAAUAGAAAAAUGAAUGUUCUCAACUAGGUGAAACAAUGUAAGGCUUUCUACAUUUCUUGAAUACUUUUUAU